AUGACACAGUAUCCUGCUGUUAGCAGGAACCUCAUUCUUUGCUUCGAUGGAACUCAUAAUCAGUUUGAAUCCUUGCCAUUUACAAACGUUUUGAAGCUCUUUCGAAUGUUAGAAAAGGACAAUGACAAUCAAAUAUGUUACUACCAACCUGGAAUUGGUGCUGCAAUGACGGCCGAAUUUGGAAGGCUCACCGAAGGGGCAUAUCUUACAAAGGCAUACGCUACUGGAAUGGAAUAUAUCGAUACUCUAAUUGCUUACUCAUUGGAUGCACACAUAAUUGAUGCUUAUACCUGGCUCAUGAAGUUCUACAAGGAAGGGGAUAAAAUCUACAUGUUUGGUUUCAGUCGAGGAGCAUUCACUGCACGUGUUCUUGCAGGAAUGAUUGAAAGGGUUGGACUUCUAAAUUCCGGGCUUGAGAAUAUGGUAUCCACUGCUUGGAAGGUCCACAGGACUUGGGAACAUGACGGGCAACCAGAUGAGAAUUACGGUUCUGACGAAGUUGCUAACGAGUUUAAAACAACGUUCUCCAGACCAAAUGUGUGUAUCCACUUCAUGGGUUUGUGGGACUCCAUCAACUCUGUUGGUAUUGUGAGGGAUCGCUUAUUCCCAUAUUCUUCCUGGAGCGAUACUGUGAAGCAUGUUCGUCAUGCAGUCAGCAUGGACGAAAGGAGAGGCAAGUUCAAGCAGAAUCUGUUCGUUCCUAUAUCGUACACUCAACCAUUGUACCCUUUGACAUGUAAGCAGAAGGUAAUAACAUGUCCACGAAAGCGUUCUCAGUCAUUUUUCCAAAAACUUUUUGGAAGAGACCUAUCGGGCUCGGAACAUAGCAUGGCCGUUACCGAUGCUGAUCAUAUCAGUACCGACCUGGUUGAACUCUGGUUUCCAGGAUGUCAUGGAGACAUUGGAGGAGCAUGGCCUGAGGAUUUCAAUGGCCAAAACAUGGCAAAUGUGGCUCUGAGAUGGAUGCUUGCAUCUGCAAUUGAGUUUGGGGUUAUAUUCAAGAAAAACGCAAUUCACGAAUUUGCAGACCAACAUCCUUCAUUGGAUUCACUCCUUUCAUGUCACCAUGAUCCACUAUGGACAUUUCGAAAUGUUCCGAUGAAUCAUCCGGAUGCUGAUCCCUGGAUGACGCCUCACCAUCAUAGACAUUUUGUGCCAACAAGUGAAGAUGACCAGAAGCAUACGGCAGCUUUUCCCUCAUCAAAAACACUUGACGGGCCCCCAGCCGAGCCAAUCAAAAACUUUGAUAGCAGAGGAGAUGACUCGUUUUUGAGAUCAUUAUUUUGGUGGCUUCUGGAAAUAAUUCCAAUUGGUGUGUUUAUUGAGGACGAGAGCCAGAAAUGGCGAAGAGUGUAUGUACCCAAUUUGGGGAGAAGAAGACUCAUCCCGCAAGGUGCACAAGCGCACUGGAGUUUCUACUGGAGACGGCAUUAUGUUUCGGAUUACGAAGGUCCCGAUAAUCUUCCAAAAGAGAUCGAGGAAGAAUGGGAACGUCUUAACCUUGAACUUCAGCCUUCUGACAAACCUUCAGUCUCUCAGAGCUGGUCCGACAUUCCAGACGAUCUUGCUAAGUGGCUACAAUUAUACCCCGAUAUUUAA